UUGGCAUAGGGAGUGGUUUGAGCAAAGGAAAAAGAAGGCCUGGAGGUAGGGAACCUCAGACAACUUGCCAUUCUGUAUUCAAUAUUUUUCCAAAGCCUGGAGAAUUUCUUUAUCAAGAGUUCCAUACUUGGGCCAUUUAUACUGUUUGAGUGCUGAGUCUAAUGAGGCAUUACUUUUGAGGUCAGUUUGGGAGCAGAGGGUCUUAAAAUUGGUAAAGAAACGGCCCAAGGGGCAGCUGAACUUAAGGUCGCUUGUGUGAAUUUCCAGGGACACCAAAUAAAACACAGACACACACUUUACCUUUAAACAAGAUUCAGUAUAGCUCCUCUGCUCUUGGCCUCAAGCUCCCCAAAUGGGAGAGUGAGGGAUAGUCCCAAGAGGCUGGUGAGAGAGAGUGAGCCAGCAUGUUUGGAAGUGGGCUUUUAUUGGGAGGACCCUCAUUCUUAGAAAGUUCCAUCCAAAAAAGGUAAGAAGGGGUGGAGUUACAAGGGACUUGUGAGUGUAAUUUGACCCAAGGGCUGUAGGGUGAUGCCUACAUCUGAAGCUGCAUCCUCAAACUUAUGAACUUCUGGGACAGGGGCAAUGUCCAAGUCACUACGAGAUGUAGUGACGGUCAAAGCCUCUGUGCUCUGAAAUGGAAGACAUGAAUCAAUCAGAGUGGCUCCCCACAGUGUCUCUGGGAACUGACUGGGUAACUUCCAUGUUUGGAGAGACUUGACAGAAGCGAUGCUUUAAGAGCAGAGUGUCCCCUGAACUCUUAUGUCACAAGGGUGCCAGUCAUUGGACUGGAAUUUUCCCACUGGGGUGAGGAACCUCCUGGGUGAGGGACCUCCCAGGGUCCUGGAUGGCCAAAGGGUGGGUAUCUCUCUGCUGGAGACUAGAUGAAUGGAGUUUUACCUCUCCAGAUAGAUGCGGAGGCCAGUGGUGGAUGCAGAAACAAAAUGGCAAGGAAGUCGUUGAUCCAUGAAGUUUUGCUGGGUGUGUAAGGGAAGGGAAUGUUGGUGAGGGGAGGAAAUAUAAAUAGGGUAAUUUCAAUAGCCAUAAAGGACUUGAUAGAAAUCCUUGCACCAUCCAAAUGGCAUCAAGCCACAAUUAUCUAGCAGAAGGUCUAUUUUUGGUACCCUUGAGGGCUGUCAGGUUCAGAUUUAAGACAUAAGACCUUCCUGCAAUACCAGGGAUGGCCCUGGCCAGCCUCCUUCAAUGGCCUUAAGUCUUCCUGUGUCCUAUGCACCAAAUUUCUCCCACACAAAGCUGGCAGUUGCUCAGCUAAAGUGGACUGCAGAGGCUGUGAAGGGCUGUGUUCUACAGGGUGGGCAGGGGACACAGUCAGUUUGAGGAUUCAAUCUUAGCUUAUAUGAGUGGUGGCUGGGGGACCCCCAACUUUCAGAAAGCCAUGGAAGUUCCAGACGUUUGAUGGUAACUUUCAAGGCCCCAUCAGUUGUUUAACCUGUGGGGAGAGGGAAUGGGUUUUUUGGGUACAGAGACGGACAAAAUAUUACCUUUCACCUGCUUCCCAGUUAGGGAACCAAAAUGUUAGCACAAAAUGACUGAGCCAAGUACAAAUGUCACUGAUCAUCACAGCCUUUACUCAGCAGUGGAGUCGUGCAUCUGGUGGACCCACCUUCCUGAUGGAAAAUGAGCCACUGGCCAAGGAGGAAUCUGUGCUUGUAAAUGCUACACUGAGAGGUGACUUCAUUAUUGACAGAGCGUGUCAGUUUGGGCACUCAGGAAACAGGGGUUUUCCUGUCACUGGGAAUGGAUGUCCUGGGAAAGGAUCAACGUUAUCAACCUUUGGCCAUCUUCCUCACUCCCUUUUCCCAGACCACACUAUUUGGGGUUUGCCAUUUUCCAUACCUUACAAGUGCUGUUAUGAGCAAUCAGAGGCAGAGAGGUUAGGUAAGUCGCUCCCCCGUACAGGUGUGGAAGGUGAACUGCGGAAAACCAGCCCCAGUGAGUCUGAGAGGGGCCGCACCCAACCUGGAAAGCGAGACUCUUCCCAAGUGCGAGGCCGUUCUGCCCAGCAACCGCCAUCGUCAUCUCAUCCCCGUUCCUCAACAUCUGCUCUUUUCCUCCCACACCGACAACUUUGUUGUUGUUUCCUCAUAAGCAGGUCAGGAAAGUUCAUAGGAAUUGCGGGAUUCAGAAGCGACGAAAACCCCAGUGGAACAACUGGCCAAAAGCUCGCCCCUCCGCGGGGUAAACACUGUCUUCUGCCAUCUUUUCCCAGAAUCCCCACGCAGCCUCCUGGAGCGGAAGUGUCUGUGACUACAGUGGACUUCCGGACUCCACUUCCCAGAAGGCCCCAGGACAACGCCCCGCCCCACCCUGCCCAGUGAGGUGAGGGAGGCCAUGGUGGGGGGGCGCUCGCCCUGACUUCCCAGAAUGUCAAGGGGGCUGCGUCCGCAGUCCCGCCUCCCCCAAGAGCCAACGCUCUAGGGUUCCUGCCCUGCGCUGCGGAGGGCGCGGAAGGCCUCGACCCUGUCAUAAUCUGAGAAAUUGUGGAUUACUUCGUGAGUGACAGGAUUCAACUUCUUUAAAUCCUGGAGAGGAAAAUAUUCUAUAGCCGUGGCGUUCUGGAGCUGAAAUGCCCACAAAACAAAACCCAGCGUUCUUGGCAAACGAGCACCGCCCACGCACCACCUGGAGCGGAAGUUUCUUCAACCCCGUGGUGCGCCACUCGGCGACGCUCCUCGCUUUUCACGACCGUCCUUGGGUUUGGGGUUGGGAGUGGGGGUGCUGCGAUGAGCUCGUGGCCUCAUGCCUGCGGGACAAGCGGCCUACCAUUGGGUGACAUCCCAGACCCCAGAGUCAGAAUCAUCGAGUUCGCCCUGAAUGAAUUUUUGUUCUCUUAGUUGAGCCCGAUCUUCCUUUUUCUUUUUCAACACUUUUUUCUUUCACAUCUGAUUAAAGGUAUGGUUAUCAAGAAAAUAUCAAGUAUAGAAGAGAAUCAAGCUUGAAAUACAGAAAGAAGAUUAAGAACCAUUAUAGAGCGGAAGCCAUGUGCUGUUAAAAUGGAGAUGUGGAAAGGGAGUCAGCCUCAACUGCACCAGACAACAAAUUUCACGCAGGUCUCAAUUUCGUGUUGACUGGAUUCCCUUGUUUGAUGGGAACUUGGGAAUCAAGGCAAAUGUUGAAUUGUUCAUUUUAAAGAAAUGUGUCAAGUGGGUGAAAGCUACCCUAGCAGGAAAUUGGAGAACUCAUUGGAAUAUUAAAAGGGGUAAAUCCUA